AUGAUACCUCAAUUGGAUGACCAAAACACACGCAAACAGUUUGACUUAAUUGCUUCAGACAACCACCGAGUGAUCGCUGAACUGAGCCAUGAGUUGAGACAAUACACACUCGCUGUGAGUGCAGACACUGGUGGUAGUCAUGCGAUGGACACCCGUCCGAUGAGACCAACUGGCGAUGAAAUGGUAGCAACAAAUAAUGAGUGCACACCCACUGAACAUACCAGUGCUGACAGGACCAGGAGGUGCUCGUGGCCCGGAUGUAGCUACUCGACUAGGUUCUCGGCCAAUAUGACCCGUCACCUGUACGUGCAUUCCGGUGAGAAGCCAUAUGUGUGCGAUUGGCCGCAGUGUCACAAACGGUACCAACAGUCCAGUGCUUUGGUCACUCAUAAGAGGACUCACGUGAACGCAAAGCCAUUCGCUUGUGAUUGGAUUGGAUGUGAUUACCGGACAAACAAUCGGUGUUCCCUUCCGGCCCACCGGCGCACACAUUACGGCAUCAAAGCGUUUGCCUGCGAUUGGCCGCAGUGUUCGGUCACGUGUUCGACCAGAACUCACUUACGCGACCACCGAUUGAUUCACACCAAAGACAAGCCAUUCAAAUGCGAUGUCUGUGAACAGAGUUUCUCCAAGAAGUCUAAUAUGACGGCUCAUAAACUCAGUGUCCAUUUGGGAGUCAAAAGGGUUCGCAACAAAAACAAUUGCGACCCCGAAGUGAAUCAAUUGUUUCAAUAA